AUGGGCUAUGACAAUGCAGCUGAUACUCCAAGGUCGUACCAUUCACAACAUACGGACAUUCCAAGCUUUGAAGAACUUUCUGCUGGCAUGAGGUAUGACAUGUUUUACCAUAAUAAUGGUGUACCAUCAGAUUUUCAGAGGCCGUCUCAUUCCACCGGAAACCAGUCAUUGCCACAGCAUUAUGGUGACCUCUACGCUGAUGAUUCAAGACAUUUCGUUCCUUUUGACUCAUCAAGUCAGCAGUUUCCAUUUCAUGUUUCUCCAGAGUCUUACAUGUUUCAGGCGAACUCUAGACAUUUUGAUAGGCAUUUGAAUGAAAGAAACAUUAGUGAGGCUGAUUAUAUGAUGCGCUCUAGGGGAAACUUUGGCUUAAGAAAUAAUACAUUUGGAGAGUCUAAAGGUCCGAAUCUUAACCCCUUCAGUGGAGAAAACAUGUUUCUUCCAAUGGCAUAUACCAGAAGAUCUAUGAAGCACCCUGGUUCAGCGGACUUAUCUGCAAAUGAUUUCGAUAUGGGUCCACCACAUCGAGUUUUGCAUGAUGCUUUUGAAUCUGCUGCAAGCUUAAGUUACAGAGAGCAAGCUUAUAAUCAAUGCAAAAGAGGCUCUUUCUCUGCUUCUUCUUCUAUCCCAACUUGGGAGCUUGAUUACAACUUGCCACCACUUGAUGAAACAAGAAGUGGAAGCUGCAGCGACUUCUGCCAUUGCCUUUCCAUGCUUGACAUGCUUACCGAGAGAAACAGAGGGCCUAGGGCUUCCAUGCUAAACGGUAAAAGUAAAAUGAUCACUUAUGAUCACGUUGAUCGUUUGUGUCAGCAAGAUCUGCUCCCCCAGUUCAGGGACGCAAAGUUCUUCGUUAUUAAGUCAUAUAGCGAGGACAAUGUCCACAAGAGCGUUAAGUAUUGUGUUUGGGCAAGCACUAAAAAUGGAAACAAAAAGCUGGAUGCUGCCUAUCGUGAAGCAAAGAAGAAAGAAGUGGCAUGCCCUGUCUUUCUUUUGUUUUCGGUGAAUGCGAGUGCCCAGUUUUGUGGAGUGGCCGAGAUGGUUGGACCGGUUGAUUUCAACACAAGUGUAGAGUACUGGCAACAGGAUAGGUGGUCAGGACACUUCCCGGUCAAAUGGCUAAUUGUUAAAGAUGUUCCCAACAGUCUCUUUCGUCACAUCAUAAUUGAAAACAAUGACAAUAAGCCUGUCACUAACAGUAGAGACACCCAAGAGGUGGGACUGGAACAAGGUAUAGAGAUGUUAAAUAUAUUCAAUAGCUGUGAGAUGCGUUCUUCGAUCCUCGAUGACUUCAGCUUCUGCGAAGAGCGACAGAGAGCGAUUCAAGCCAGAAAAGCCAGACAACGUGCUGUUCUUGAAAAUUUCUGUGUCUCCCAAACCUCUGUUCCAACACAUCAUCCCACAAGUUCUCUCCCUGACGAUUUAGUAAAGGAAAUGUCCCGAAGCUUUGCAGAGGCUUUGGCCUUGCAACACAAACCCAUUUAA